GAGUGUGUGCAGACCGGUCCACCUUGCUCAUGGCAGAGCUAAGGAAAGGAGGCACCUGCCUCUGCACAUGCUGAUUCUACGCAGGGCAGGCUGGGGCUGAGAACUGCUAAGCUGCUGCCCAGUUCACUUACCCACAUUAGCAAGCAGGGAUUGCACCUGGCAGUGUACAUCUGCUUGAUGUACAACCAUUUGUCCCGAUAUUCAGGUUGUUUUCCGGUGUAACACAAAUUUACAGUAGGAAUAUGUAGUUUACAGUUCUGAACCACAGUGCAUACCGUAGGACAAACUACAGUGAGCACGUAAUAACACGUAAGAAGCACAGAGACUGCUCAGUUCUUUUCAGUGGCUAGCUAUCUAGCUAACGGUCUUCAGCCGAAAACCCCACCUGAAAUGGCAACGGCAAGGGAGGAGCGAACUACCAAAAAACAAAAAAGACAGUGCAGAUACAGGACAGAAUGGGAAGCCACUUACACCUGGAUUCGGAAAUCCUAUGAGUGAUGCAAAAGCCUUUUGUAAAGCAUGCAGGAAGGAAUUUAGCAUUUGCCAUGGUGGUGAGUCUGAUGUUAAGCAUCAUGCUGAAUCAAAAAAUCAUGGACAAAACACCCAGACUCACAAGAGCAAUACCCUGGUCUCACAUUUUUUCAGCAAGCCAAAUGAAUCCUUCAAUAACAAGGUUAUCGCUACUGAGCUAACUCAAGUUUACCACACAGUAGUCCAUCAACACUCCUAUCGCUCAUGUGACUGUGAACUUAAACUGGCGCCUACCUUGUAUCCAGAUUCAACGAUUGCGAAGCACGUCAGCUGUGGCCGGACUAAAGCGGAGGCAUUGAUCAAAAAUGUGCUGUCACCGCUCUCAACAGAAUUUUUAAAAGACCUCAGCAAACCAGAUGGUCCCUAUUUCUCAGUUGCCACAGAUGCAUCUAACAAGGGCAAUGUGAAAACUUUCCCCUUAUCACUGAGAUACUGGACACCUGAACAUGGGGUCCAAGAUAAACUGUUAGACUUCUAUGAGCAAAGUGAAGAGACUGCAGAGGCAAUAAGCACCACAUUACUUGAAAAACUUGCGACACACAAACUAGACCUAAACAAAGUGUCUUCCUACUGUGCUGAUAAUGCAAACGUGAAUUAUGGAAAGCGACAAUCCGUGUACUAGAAUUUAAAAAAACAAAAUGAAAAUAUCUUGCCAGCAAACUGCCCUGCCCAUGUUGUGCACAACGCCGUGAAACAUGCUAGCAAUACCCUACAAGUUGACAUUGAGACUCUGGUGAUUAAGAUGUUUAAUCAUUUCAGCAGUUCCGCUAAGAGAGUAGCAGCAUUGAAGGAUAUGUUUGACUUUGUGGAUAUGGAGUAUGCCACUUUACUGCGCCAUGUUCCGACGCGCUGGUUGAGUCUUUUCCCAGCUGUAAACAGGCUUGUAAAUAUGUGGCAGGCUGUUAAGUGCUACUUUGUUUCUCUGGGCAGUGAGAAGUGCCCAAAAUUUCUAUGGAUGCUGUUCUCAGACAGGGAAAAUGGUGAACAAGG